UUAUAUUAAUUUUAUAUUGUUAUAUAUUAUUGAGUCUGGUGUAAUUAUGAAUCCCCGUAGAAUUGAUUGAGAAUAUGCGUAUUGAUUUGAAAGUUGAAACUGCCAUGAAAUUAUUGAUGAUCAGCAGCAACAAGUCCUUGGCCUCGCCCUCCGCCUCCUCCUCCUCCUUGCCUCCGCUCUGUCCUCCCUCCAUUUUCUUCUAAUUAAGGGGAAUGCUUAAAACCCUAAGCUUUGACAAAAAUCUGUCAGUUUGUGGACGUUUAAUAAAUGUGGAUGCGGAUGCAUAUUCUUUUCUGAAUCCUAGCGGGGUUUUCAGGGAUAUGGAAACAAACGGACCGGCGGUUUAGGGUCUCCAAUCCAUUGUUUAUGCGGCCUCUCACACUGCUUUGCUUUCUACCAUUCUUAUGCAUUCGAUAAAUAUUUCAAAUCUUUUACAGCUUCUUCCUUUUUACCUCUGUCUCUGUCUCUGUCCCGCUCUUUUUGUGGUUCUUCGGCUGGAGGGAAUGAAGGGGAAGGGGAGGAAGUCAUUUCCUUUUUUUUUUUUUUCGCUGUGGCCUUUUCAGUUGUUCCUAGGCCAAUUCUUCAGGCAACUUUGUAGUUUCUUUUUUGUCUGAAUCUAAAUAAGUUUCUUUGUUUCUUCGUUUGAUAUAUCCUCACAGGGACGGGGACUGGUUUUGCCAAAAUAGAAAGCAAACGAAAAAACAAGAAAAGAUUAAAUCGAAGUUUACUUUUACUAUUGACCGUGAAUCUAAAAUGUAUGGAGUGUUUUGGUUUCUGUAAGAUAUCAUGUUGCGGUGCUUAGACGGUGUGAAGCAUUUACUUUCUGCUGUUGUCAAUUGCUGUGAUUCUGAAAUUUAUAAGCAACCCCGAGGAUUAGAAAAUCCUGAAGCUCUUGCAAGGGAGACUGUCUUCAGUGUCAGUGAGAUAGAGGCACUGUAUGAAUUAUUUAAGAAGAUCAGCAGUGCUGUGAUUGAUGACGGGCUUAUCAACAAGGAAGAGUUUCAACUUGCACUAUUUAAGACAAAUAAAAAGGAGAGCUUAUUUGCUGAUCGGGUAUUUGACUUGUUUGACACAAAGCAUAAUGGGAUAUUAGAUUUUGAGGAGUUUGCACGCGCUCUUUCAGUCUUUCACCCAAAUGCUCCGAUUGAUGAUAAGAUUGAAUUUUCAUUCCAACUUUAUGAUCUCAAGCAGCAAGGAUAUAUUGAAAGACAAGAGGUAAAACAAAUGGUAGUCGCAACACUUGCUGAAUCAGGCAUGAAUCUUUCAGAUGAUGUAAUUGAAAAUAUUAUAGAUAAGACCUUUGAGGAAGCUGAUACCAAGCAUGAUGGAAAGAUUGACAAAGAAGAGUGGCGUAGCCUUGUUCUAAGACAUCCUUCUCUUUUGAAGAAUAUGACUCUUCAAUAUCUUAAAGACAUCACUACCACAUUCCCAAGUUUUGUAUUUCAUUCUCAAGUUGAUGAUACCUGAUCCAGAUUUGUUCAGUUAGUCCAUUGGUGUGGUUUGCUGCUGUACACAGUCUUGCAGUUGUGUGCGUAGAGGUUGACAAGGAUGCUUAUUGGCUGAUGUGCCACGGGGAGAAAAUGACCAAAAUGGGAUUCUCAAAUGUGUCCUUGUUCAAGGACUAGCAGCUUCUCUUUCGUUCUUAUUGGCGUUCUUCAUCGCCACGCCACGCUCUCUGUUAUUUUUCUUUUUGAAAUAUAAAAAUUUUGAUUUUUUUUUUUUUUUGGGGGGGGGAGCAAAUUAACUUGUUGGUACCGAUGGCCAAAAGGUUUUGGGAGUAUGAAUUGUUGUUUUGGAAUGCCAAGAAGCGGAGGGCAGUUUGUCUCAUAGACAUUUGUGUAAUUUGGAAAGAUGCAUGCAUGGUGUGAUUAUUUAUGUCCACCUUCUUUCUUUCUGCUGCAGCGCGUUGUAUGAAUUGAAAUACCGGCCAGAGUGGAUUAGGGAUUGCAAAUAACACCAACAGAUUAAGCGCACGCGCAUGUCCUUGUACAACUUUACAAUCAGCUUACAAUAUAGAAUGCAAUUCAGCAACACCCCAUUGGAUUAAA